GUUGUCAGCUUGAAAGUUGAAAUUUGACGAGGCGUUGACCAGCUGGUUGUGCGCUGAGGAGGCGCUAAACUUGUGCUUUCCUUCUUCAGAUUUACAGGUGGCGUCUUCGAGGGCAAGCAGUUCUCUUUAGAGAUUGAGUUGCUGAUUUGCAGUUGGGCACUGACGCUAGCAUAGAUUGCGGACAGCCAGAACUCAUGUUGGCGAUCCAGGCUGCAAGGGGGCUGCAUUCGUGUGGGGCGCCUCCCCUGCAGCGCUCUCAAGCAUCAAUUGAGGAUUCGCACUCGACACGGGAUCUCAGCUCAACUUGUAGGGGACUUGUACUUCCAAUAGUUAUUGAUAGAGGUACUCGGCAUUCUUGCUUGGGCACGGCAAGAAGGGGAGGUCUUUCGAGUCUAGGGCGGAGCUCUGACGUUCUUCGUGUUGAUCUGAGAGGUUCAUUGACAAACACAGGAAAGAGCAUAUGGCGGAGAAGUUGCACGGUGAAUGCAAGCAAGGAGAGUUUCUUUGAAGGCUCAGUCACUACAGCCACGAGCACAGAAAGCACAGAAAGCAGCACUGAAGUUGGAUCAGAGUCUCAAGAGAAUGGCAGUGUGAUCCCUCCAGAAAAGAAGAUCGAAGGAAAUGGUGUGACUCCUUCCCUGACUAGAAGCAAUAGUCGAGGGGCUAACGGAAACGAGAAGUUUGAAAACCAACUGAAACGGGUGGCGGCGGCAGCGAAUAUCAAUGGACGAGUUGGGUAUGUUGCCAGGAGCGCUUUACGGCUUCAGGAGACGAUUGAAGAAGAAGUCAGCGUUCCCGAUGGGGCAAAGAUCAUGUCUGAGCCGGAGAUUGUGCUCAAGGCUGAGGAGAUUGCUCGCUUGACUGGCAAGACGAAGAAGGGAAUCAAGAAGGGGCUCAAGAAGCUGGUCGAGCGCAGCGCAAGCAGUCAUGGUCACCACAAUGCUGCCAAGCUGGUGACGACAGAUUGGACUGACAAGGCGGCAACGCGCUCCAGUGCCAGGAAGCAGCUGAUGAUUGAGGAGGCUUGGAGGUUGCUCAGAGGCUCCGUUGUCAAGUAUCAGGGGGAGCCAGUGGGGACGGUGGCCGCUGCAGAUCCGUCGGUGGAAGCCGUAAACUAUGACCAGGUGUUUAUCCGCGACUUUGUGCCAAGCGCGCUGGCCUUCAUGAUGGAGAACGAGCCGGAGGUCGUUAAGAACUUUCUGCUGCAAACGCUGCAGCUCCAGAGUUGGGACAAGACCAUGGACUGCUUCAGCCCUGGGGAGGGCCUGAUGCCCGCCAGCUUCAAGGUGCAGGUGCGCAUGUGCUCGGACGGCAAGGAGCACGAGCGGCUGGACGCCGACUUUGGAGAGUCGGCCAUCGGACGAGUUGCGCCAGUAGAUUCCGGGUUGUGGUGGAUCAUCUUGCUGCGCGCCUACCUGCGCGUGACCAAGGACACGGCCGUCCAGACCAGCCCCGCCGUGCAGAAGGGCAUCCGCCUCAUCCUCAAGCUCAUGCUCCGAGACGGCUUCGACAUGUUCCCGACAAUCCUGGUUCCUGACGGCUCCUGCAUGAUUGACCGCCGCAUGGGCGUUGACGGGCAUCCCCUUGAAAUCCAGUCGCUGUACUACGCAGCCCUUCGGUGUGCCCGAGAGAUGCUAACCCCGGAGGAUAACCAGGGGUUACUGAACGCGAUUACCGCCCGGUUAAGCGCGCUGUCGUUCCACCUGCGGCAGUACUACUGGCUCGACUUCGAGCGGCUGAACGAGAUUUAUCGGUACCAGACGGAAGAGUACAGCGAGGACGCCGCAAACAAGUUCAAUGUGUACCCGGACAGUCUUCCCACGUGGCUCAUGGACUGGAUGCCGGAGAAGGGAGGCUACUUCAUUGGCGGCGUCGCUCCCGCGCAGCUCGACUUCCGGGUAUUCACAUUGGGCAACUGCUGGGCGAUCCUGUCGUCACUGGCGACCCGCGAGCAGACGGGCGCCAUUCUGGACUUGUACGAACAGAAGUGGGUGGACCUGAUCGCCGACAUGCCGCUCAAGAUCUGCUACCCAGCAAUGGUUGGGGAGGAGUGGCGCAUCGUCACUGGGUGCGAUCCCAAGAACACUGCGUGGUCGUACCACAACGGCGGCUCCUGGCCGACGCUCCUGUGGCACUUCACGGCCGCGUGCAUCAAGGGGGGGCGGCCCGAGCUGGCGCAGCGUGCGCUGGACCAAGCGGAAAAGAAGCUGGCGCAGUUGGGCUGGCCCGAGUACUUUGACGGCGUCAAGGGGAACUACGUCGGGAAGCAGGCCCGCAAGUUCCAGACGUGGACGAUUGCAGGGUUCCUUGUUGCGCGGAAGCUACUGGAAGACCCUUCAAUGGUCGACCUGUUUGCGUGUGACGAGGAUGACACCAUUGUGGCAGCCUGCUCCUGUAUGCUAGACGGCGACGUUCGGAAAUCGGAUUUCUGGUCAGACUCUGACUGAAGAGACGGAAUCAAUAAAGGCGCUGUACGCUAAAAUAUAGGUAGGAUACAACAGCUCUCUGUUUCGCUUGAUUAUGAUAAGAUGGUUGGAAAAUAGCCACUGAGCAAGUGUAAUUGUGUUGCUGAUUUUGACCAAGACAAUCUUGAAUACAUUCUUUGGCUAGACAUCUGUCUGGUUUGUAGUACCAUGAACCUUUUUUUAUUGGUGACGGGCCGCAAAAGUCGCCAGAUAAGCUUGAAAGCAAGAGAAGUCUUGUGGAGGUUAGAUAGCCAUGAGACCACGAAGACGAACUCGUCUGUAACGUUUUUAGCAUGUACGGAAUGCCAAGUAAAUGUUGGCCACGUUGCUCAGCCGGGUCAAUCUUUAUCGACUUUGGGAGCAUUAGAGGCCGCUGGAACUAACA